AUGAGUUAUCAGCAAGUACCGCAGCAAAAUUACCCUCCCCCAGGGUACGGGACAGUAUACCCUCCUCCGGCGGGAUAUCCAACUGCCCCACCUCAGCCAGAUGGCUACCCAUAUCCGCCGCCUCCGCCGUCGUCGUAUCCAUAUCCACCGCCGCCACAACCUGGAGGUGGUUACCAAGAGUAUUUCGGUCAAGGGUAUGCUCCGCCGGCGCCUCCAACCCAGGUCUACCAUUGCAAUCAUCACCAUCACCAUGAUGGCCCUGAUUGUAUCUCCUUUCUACGGGGAUGUUUUGCUGCCAUCUGUUGCUGUUGUAUAUUGGAGGAGUGCUGCUUCUGA